AUGGCGGAAACUGUUUCCAGAACCGACUUCGAAGGGGCCGCCGCUAAUGAUCCCCCACAGCCCACGGCACCGUUGAUGCCCGCUCUACAAGAUUCAUCUCAGAGUGUGGCUCCCUUGGUGCCGGCCCAUGGUGGUGAUUUUUCGGACUCGGACGAGGCAGAACGUGAGGACGAAUUUUCGGAUUAUGCAGAGGACUUUGCAAGCGAUACAACGUCGUUGAACUCUGAAAUUACUGCAUACCGAUUCGAGAAUGGACGCCGCUACCACGCCUACAAAGACGGAGCUUACUGGGGACCUAACGACGAAAAGCAGAAUGAGCAACUAGAUAUUGCUCAUCACAUGUUUACGUUGCUUCUCGAUGGCAGGCUGCUACUUGCACCGAUAAACGAGAACAUCCAGAGGGCGCUGGAUGUUGGCACCGGCACCGGGAUUUGGGCCAUCGACUUUGCGGACGAGUAUCCCUCUGCACAAGUCAUUGGUACUGAUCUAUCACCCAUACAACCUGGCUUCGUCCCACCCAAUCUACAAUUCGAGAUCGACGACGCGACGGAAGACUGGAUGUAUCCAGAGAACCAUUUUGAUUUAAUCCACGUACGUGCGAUGUAUGGAGCAAUCGCAAACUGGCCCGCAUUCUAUCGCAAUGCUCUCGACCAUCUGCGCCCCGGAGGCUGGUUUGACCAACUUGAGAUGUCCAUCCAAUUUACAUCGGAUGACGGCACCGUGACCGAUGACCACAUCCUGGCAGUCUGGUCGAAGACCUUUAUCGAGGCCGGCGAGAAGUUUGGUAAGACGUUUCGCAUUGCCGAACUUGCCAAGGGGUAUAUGCAGCAGGCUGGCUUUCAGAACGUGACCGAAGAGCGAUUCAAGAUCCCCGUAGGCCAGUGGAGCAGAGACAAAAGGUUGAAGAAACUAGGCAUGUGGAACCUGGUCCACUGUGAGCAGGGGAUUGAAGGGUGGGCCAUGGCGUUGCUGACGAGAGUCAUGGGGUGGAGCUAUCCGGAGGUGCAGGUUUUCCUCGUUGAGAUGCGCAAAGGUCUCCGGGACCCGAACACGCACGCCUACUUCAAUGUCGUCGGGGUGUACGGCCAAAAGCCUAUGAGUGCUUAUUAA